AUGGGUGUCCUAACCUCAUUCCGGCAGGUGGCCCGUCCAUACAGCCUUCGAUAUGGAGCUGCGAAGGCAUUGGACAAUAGUGGCUCGGUCAGCGAUGCUCUUCGAAACCUGAUAAUGCAUCAUGCUGAUACUCGAACAUUCCUUAAAUACUACCUUUCGCGACGCAUCGACAAGGAUGUGGCGGGCAUCAUUCGCGGUCUUGAUCCCCAGGAGGAAAUGAUGCGAGCUGCUUGCCGUAUGAGCCGGACAAUUGACCCGAACCGGCCACAAGAGCUUACCACGGCACAGUCGUCAUCUGUCAAUCAACUUCCUGAGAUUCAGGAUCUCAUCCGCCGGCGAGACCAUCUGGGCCGGCGCCUCGGUCGCCCGUUAUCUCAGCAUAAAGGCACGGUUAAAUAUGACCUCUAUCAGCAACUGACCAAGGAGUUAGGGAGCGCACGCCGGAGAGCUCGGGACGCGCUGCUCAAGGAGAUACAGAAUCAAUAUGACCAGGAACAGCCUAUGCUAGAGGUUCAGCGACAAUUAUCUGGCGUGAAGCUCUCUGAGUCUGUGAGUCAUCGUCUUUAUCAAUCUGAGGAAAUACCGUUACCUCAGAAGCGGCUCAGCGCAGCUCUUCUGACUUUACCACGACCAACUUUGGAGGGGGAAAUGCUUCGACGGACAGAAGCGAUUGACGCUAUCGCCGCCUACUGUCUAUUUGAGGAGGGUGAUACUUGCCGCAUCGCUCACGAUAAGCGGCAAUACUCCGUGCAUGGACCUAUUGACGUAACCCAUAAACUUUCCCACCCAGAAGUUGAGACAAAGGAUCAAGGAAUCUCUCCACAAGAGUCAAAACUACACGAAGCGAUUCGUGCGGUAUCAAUGGAUUCGAGAUCCAGAAAUAGAAAGGAAAAGGUUCAAAGGCCUCUUCUAUGUUUCCUUUGCGUGGGUAACCCUAAUCUCGACAUUGUGAAGCGUACGCAAACGUUCAAGGCGCAUGGCGAUGUCACCAAGCAUAUCAAGCGCAAACAUCUCAAGCAUAUUGUAGAAGGCAAUGUCGUAAGCUGUGGAGUUUGUGGUCAGACAUUCCUCCGGAAAAUGGAGCUGCAGCGUCAUGCAAGUGAUGCCCAUUCGACUGUGACAUAG